CUGGACGGAUCAAAUAACAACGAGAAUACGUGUUACGGUGCAAUGUCACUUGGAUUGCAUUUAUCAGGAUGGCCAGAGAACAGCGAAAGUCGACAAAGAAUGUUGGAAAGUGCUUCGAGCACUAAUUUCACUCAACAUUUCGUCUCAAGAGAGGUGUGUUAAAUUAUUCAGGGAAGAUAGACUUAAUUGAGGUUAGACAACUCCGAGCGAAACUAGGCUUUUCUUGAAAAUCACGGUGUGCUAAAACCUGAAUUUCUGUGAAAAGCAGACAUAUCUCCCCUGGAGAAUUUUUUCUUUAAUCUGAGGUCUGCGAAUUUCUGACCGAAAAUAAGUUAUAGGAACUUUGUCAAUUUGAAAAUUUAAGAACCAAGAGAAUAUCAAUAAUACAUUUCAUGAUUUUCUAGGCCCUUGCCCCAGAAUAAAAAAUUCGAAUCCACAAUUGUACUUUGUCUAAACAUCUUACUGUAGUCCAAAGAACCCGGAAAACAAAAGAGCGAAAAAACAGAGAAUAGGAAAUUCUAUUAAGUUGGGGUUCUUCGUCUUCGCCAUUUUUUUGCUAAUGGAAUGGAAAUGAGGUUGUUGACUGGCUGCAAUGAUCUUUUUUGCUCAAACAAAAUGAAAAAAACCAUGUUUCAGGUUUCGAAUAAGGAACGAAUGCUUUCAUUGUUGCGACGACUCAAAAAUGGUCUUGUCCUCUUCCUGACUCCUCUUUUAUUUUUCCCAAUGGUCACUUCGCCAAGUCCGGUAAGUCCGAAUUCCUGGACCCGCGGAAGAGAACCAAAGUGGCCUAGAAAUCCAAACAUUUCUUAUUUCAACCGAAAUCCUACUGUAUUUGGUUUUUUCAUCCACAGCUCUUCGAAAAUUUCCGUAACGACCAUAAUAAAAAAAUAUUUCUCAUUUUGAAAAAUGGUGAAUAAUUUCCAUCUCCAUCCCGAACACCGUCUUCGUCUUUUUGGUCUCAAAAUGCUCUCUCGACGUCAUGUUGUUCGUGUCUGCGUCUCUUGCAAAAGCUCUCUUUCUCCACUGAAGUGUGGGUGCAAAAUGAGAUUUUAGAGUGAGAGUGAGAGAGACGCAGCGAUUUUUAUUUGAAAAAAAUUUAUAUGUUCUUGGUGAGCAACUCGUGCUUUUCUUUUUUUGUUCACCAAGAACAUGAGAGAGCAAUUGAAAAAUCGAACGUUUUUUUCUGGAAAACUCGCGAGAACUCGAAAAGAUCUCAAAAGAUCACGGUGUGCAUGCCGUAGUGAUAUUUUUUGAUAAAUUAUAGUGAUCAGAUCAAACAACUGUCCGUUUUCUAAAGAUAACUUCAAAGAACCAAACCAAAUGGCUUAGUUUUUCUUGUUUUAAUCCCUUUCCAAAAGCCAAAGUUACUUGCUCUUUCGACGUCAUAAUACACUUUUGAAACCUGAAACACCGUGCCAUGUGAUGUGACGGAUUCAUCGAGUUUGAGUUUCACCAGAUGUUUUGUUUUGUGAAACGAGCAAGCAACAAAAAAAAAGAGUGGGAGAAACAAAAAAGAUGAGCAAAUAAAAAAUAUUACAGGAAUGGAAAUGUGCAUACUGUGUUUGUGUGAUUGCUGUUUAUUGGAUGUCCGAAGUAAUGCCAUUAGCUGUGACUGCAAUGCUUCCAGUUGUUCUAUUUCCACUUGUUGGAGUUCUCGAUGCAAAUACAACAGCAAAAGAAUAUAUGAAUGAUACGAAUUUCUUAUUUAUUGGUGGACUUAUUAUGGCGGCUGCUGUUGAGAAAUGUGAUUUACACGAACGAGUUGCUCUAUCUGUUCUUCGAUUAGUGGGAAGCGAACCAAAAUGGUAAGAGUAAUCUGAGUUAGCCUGGGCUUCAAGACCUUUCGUCAAAAAUUGGAAUGAGAAAUUGAAACAUUUAGGAUCAUGCUUGGUUUCAUGUUGGUGACAGCUUUACUCAGCAGCUUCAUUUCAAACACCGCCACAACUGCAAUGAUGGUUCCGAUUGGUCAAAGUGUUGUCAAUCAGCUGGUCUCAUCUUUUCAACAUCAUCCAACAAAUGGGUGAGUAUCAAAGGGUGGAAAUAUCAGGAGUCUAAACCGGUUCAGUAACGUCCGACUUCUUAAUGUUAGGAAGAACUUAUCUCAAAGGUCCACGGUGCACUACUUGAUGCAUGUUAUCACAAUUUCAAAAUUCCAAAAAUAACUCAACAAAAAUUUGUUCAGUUGAUUUUUAUGUAAAACUUAUUCCAAAAAGAGUAGUUCGCCUCAAACUCCAAGUUUGCCCACAAAAACCUAAAUUCCACUACUUAUUCUCUCGUACAAACGAAAAGUGUUUGCACAAUAAAAAGUUUCAAACUGUAAACGUGACUUUUGUUUCAGUGAACGUGGUCGAGCAGGUUGCAAAAAAAUGGCAACCGGUCUUGUACUAUCAAUUUGUUUUGCUGCAAACAUUGGAGGAACUGGUACAGCAACCGGUACACCAAGUAACUUAGUGAUGCUCGGACAGCUUAGCACGUAAGUUUAUCUAUUUUUAAUCAUCAUAUGAUAUUUGUUCUUUCGUUAAAUUCCUACCUAUAAAUAAAACAAACAGAAAAAGAAAGGUGUGAGAAGAUCUAUUGACAUUACCCCAAAUGAACCCAAAUUUCAAAGUGAACAUUGAUCAGGGAUUGUUGUUUUUUUUGCAGAUUGUUCCCAAAAGAAGAUGGAAGUUUGAAUUAUAUUACGUGGAUUUUCUUCGCUUAUCCUCUCAUGUUGAUUUGUCUUUUUGUCGCGUGGAUUACACUAGUUGCAUUUUUCUUGAGGUAAAAAGAUAGUUAUGACGUGUAAAGGUCAUAGAGUUUUGUGUGUUCUUGUGCUCAAUAAGAUCGCCUUUCUCAACACGACAAAUGUUCGUGGAUGAUUGAGCAAAAAAUGAGAAGAAUUUUCGGAUAAAUAGAAUCUAGUCAAAAUAGAGCAAGAUCUUUUUAUAGAGAUGCGCCAGCAAAAGAUGAACAUGUCACAAAAAUGUUGCAAGAUCGAUUCAAUCAACUUCCAAGAAUGUCAUAUGCUGAGAAAUCAGUUUGCGUUUGCUUCUUUAUUCUUCUAUUCUUGUGGAUAUUUAGAAAUCCAGGAGUUUUCGCAGGAUUCAGUGUUUUCUUCAAAAAAGGAACAUAUACCGAUGCUACUUCAGCAAUGAUUGUCUCAUUUUUAUUAUUCGUUUUACCAUCAGAAAAACCAGACUUGUUUACGUAUAAGAAAGAAGACUUGAAAAAGGUACGAAAUUUCGAGUUCAGAAAAGAAUAUCACAAAACAUUUUCAGCGUGGAUGUUUGAUGGAUUGGAAAGCAAUGCAAGAAACAUUCCCCUGGAGUGUUGUACUUCUUCUUGGAGGAGGUUUCGCAUUAGCGGCCGGAGUUAAAGAAAGUGGACUAUCAGUUUUGAUCGGAACAAGUUUAUCAUCAAUUGAACAUUUGCCUAUUUGGAUUCUUCAAAUUUUGACAAUGUUUAUUGCUAUGGUUAUAACAAACAUUUGUUCGAAUACUGUAACUGCUUCGAUUUUCGUUCCAAUUGUAGCUACUUUAGCACAACAAUCUGGAAAUCAUCCAUUCACUUUAAUGCUUCCAACUACUUUAGCAGCAUCUUUCGCUUUUAUUUUCCCAGUUGGAACUCCACCAAAUGCAAUUGUUUUCGGAAGUGGAAUGGUCAAAGUAUCAGAUAUGGUAAGUUUCCAAGAAUAAGUUUUGAAAAACCAAAACAAAACAAAAAUAACUUCAGGCAAUCGUUGGCCUCGUGGUCUCAAUGGAACUUCUUUUCAUCACAGUUAUUUACAUGAACUCAUUCGGUCAUUUAUUCUUGCCACUUGGAACAAUGCCAGAUUGGGCGAAACCGCUGAAUGUAACCCAUCCAUAA